AUGGGUAAAACAUUCGUAGUUUCUCAAGUAUCAUGGGAAAAUUGUGAAAGUGAAUCAAAUGAUAUCAAACUAUUAAAUCUUACAAUCAGUCCAAAUCCGAUUGUCGCUCCCGGAUCUGUUUCUAUAAUAAUUACUAUCUAUACUAAUCAAAAUUUGACAAGUCGAUUAAAAGCAACAGUAUCAUUAAGAAAAAAAUUUAUAAUAGGUUAUGUUUCAGUUCCUUGCUUCAGUAUUGGUUCAUGUACAUAUGAUGAUCUUUGUAGUCUUUGUAAACAAUGCAAUUGUCCAUUGGAAGAAGGAGAACAUACAUUAAAUCUUCCAAUUAAAAUUGAUUCUACAUCAUGGAUGCUUGCUGGAAAUUACCAAGCACAAAUUGAUUUAGAAACUAAUUCAAAAAGAAAAGGUUGUGCUAAAAUUAAUAAUAUAUCUGUGAAAACAAAUAAAUAA